AUGGCUGGGGGCAAGGUCCCACCGGGGGCCGAGCGGGAAGGUCCCUUUGCUGGACUCUAUGCUAAAAGGCGCAGCUCGAAGACGUUGCCGCGGCAUUGCCGAGGGCCUGUGCCUUUCGGCGGUGUUCAGCUCUGCCUGGCUCACGCAUGCUCCUUCCCAAGUUUCCUGGUGCAUUUUUCUAUUCCACCUUAUGAAACUUUCCUCCCCCCCCCCCCCUCCCCUUCCCCUCCCCUCCCCUUCCCCUCCCCGCGCCUCCGCGCCUCUGCCCGGUGCGUGCGGUCCCGCUCCCCGCGGACGGCAGCGCAGCGCCCGCGCCCCACCGGGCUGCGGGCGGGGUGAGCUGCCGCUCCGCUCCGCUCCGUGCCGUGCCGAGCCGUGCCGAGCCGUGCCGUGCCGAGCCGAGCCGAGCCCCCUGCCCUCGCCAUGCCCAGAGCCUUCCUGGUGAAGCGCCGGAGCCCGCAGCCGGCGGUGCGCAGCUGGGAUGGGCUGCCCGACGAGGAGAGAGCCGACACCUACAUCCCAGGCGGGAUCGGCUGCGUGGUGCUGGGCUUCGAGGACAGCUGCAGCCUGGAGAGCAGCGGGAGCAGCGGGACCCGCGACGCCGAGCCCAGCCACCCCCCGACGCCCCAACCCACCCCCGGCCCCCUGGGCACGGCCGGGGGGAUGCUGCUGGACCUGGCCGGCAAGCGCCCCGUGGUCAGGUCGAAAAUCAAGUUCACCACCGGCACCUGUAACGAUGCUACGGUGCAUAGCUGCGAGCUGUGCGGCAAAGGCUUUCGCUUGCAGCGGAUGCUCAACCGUCACAUCAAGUGUCACAGCCAGGUGAAGAGACACUUGUGCACCUUCUGCGGAAAAGGCUUCAACGACACCUUUGAUCUGAAAAGACACGUCCGGACCCAUACCGGAAUUCGUCCUUACAAAUGCGAGGUUUGCAACAAAGCCUUCACCCAGCGCUGCUCCCUGGAGUCCCACCUUAAGAAGAUUCACGGCGUGCAGCAGCAAUACGCCUACAAACAGAGGCGAGAUAAACUUUACGUGUGCGAAGACUGCGGCUACACGGGCCCCACGCAGGAGGACCUGUACCUGCACGUUAGUAACGUUCACCCCGGAAGCGCUUUCCUGAAAAAAACCUCCAAAAAACUCGCGGCGGUUUUGCAAAACAAACUGAGCCCUGUCCUGCAGAGGAACUCCAAAGGUGACGACAAAGAUGAGUAA